GAAACCGGAUAGCAAACAAUCCAAUCCAAUCUUUGGACUUAGAUUUGAGGUAAAAAACCAUUUGAGACCGGAUAAAAAACCGGAUAAGAUAGCCCAACACCCAAAACUUAACCAACUCUUCACUCUUUGAGUCCUUAGGCCACUCAAAUUCCCACAAGUUCAAUCUAAAAUCAAGACUGAAUUGGGACCGGACCGGGUCAAGACCGGACUGUAUCCAAUCCAAUCUUUUGUCCUUAUAUUCCCGAAAAGAUCGGACUGGGAUCGAAUUAAUUCGGGCCAAUUUAACUGGACCGAACCGUAUAACCACCCCUAAUUUAUCAGGAUAAAUACAAUAUAAUGACUCUUUUCAUAUUUUCGGGCUAAAAACGGGUGAUCCGUUAACCCUUGACCCACUAGCUCGAUCGGCUUCCUUUUUAUGUUUCAUGGGGAGUGGUUAGGGUGGAAUUAUGUGGCUAUGCCUUUAUUUUCUAUUAAACGAGUCUAGGAAGAAUUGAGACCUAGGCAGAGCACAUCAUUUUUUGAAAGGACUCUGUUUGGCUUUUACGGGAAAAGUUACUUAGACUUCACUUAUAAGCUAUGGGCCCGUUAAGUAUCAUUUUGUUGCUGUUGUGGUUGCAAUGGUGUUGUGUAAACAAAUGUACAACCACAACAGGAAAAAAAUAGAAAACACAAACUUGUUUAGUUGAUAAAUCUGAAAACGCGUUUAGUUACUACAUAGCUGACAUGUUGUUGUAUAGUUGACGUUGAACUCUGUGAGUGAUAGCUUAACCCCAAAAGUCGAACCUUCUUCAUGUUCAUAAUUUUCAUAUUCAUGAAAUAGUCCAUAUCUUAUUAUUAAUUGAUGGAAAUUGGGGAAUUGGACCCUUUGGUGUGAACGAAAACCCUAAUCCAUAAGUGUUCUACUGUUUAGGUGGAUUGGGAAGGGAAAGUUGUGCUUAUACAAUGUGCGAAUGCAAUGAGAGUGCAGAAAUACAUGUUCUAUUCAAUCCACAAUUGUGACAAGCAUCCCGAGGUUCCAUUAAUGGAGAUCAAGUAUUGCACAGAGAAGUUCCUCAAGGACUCUGGAUUGCCUCACAUCACCAUACAAUUGUGUGGGUUCAUGCAAGUAAGAUGGACAACAUUCAUAGCGCUGAGGAAUGAGCAGAUCAUUGGGAAGCUCCUGACUUUUGUCGGUCCUCUAGCUUGGAAGACUCAGGAGGUAAACAAGAAGGCGACAAGCGUCGAGGGAGACGGAGGAUUGGAAGAGGUCGUUGACGGGGGGAGGGACGAGUGGAGAGGAAGAAGUGGUCGGUGAGGGAGAGGGUCGGCGGCAGGGGAGUGGCGGUGCGAGGUUGGGCGACGAGAAGGGAGCGGUCAUCGACCUUCCUCUUGAGAGGAAGAAGUUGAGAGAGGGAGAGAGUAGCUGGGCGGCGACUUGGCUAACAUGAGGAGAUGUUUGGCCGAUUUAGAGUUUGGGGGUGGGGUUGGGGAUAAACUUUUUUUGUUGCUUAAGAUGGGACUUGAACUCAUGGCUGGUUUAAUGAAAUCAGAGUCCCAACCAGGAGGAAUCUCGCGUGAAACAUGUUUAGAAAUCAGAUCCAAAUCAAUAAAUUGUUGUUUCUCUGAUUUGGGUCCGGUUGUGUGAAUCUGAUUCACAACAGAGAAUAGAAACCCAACUAAACAUAUUUUUUCUCUUUGAUUUCUCCAAUUCUUAAAAACACAACAGAAAACAAAAACAAGCAACAAUACUAAACGAUGCCUAAGUUUGGAGAGAGCGUUGCAAGAAGAAGAUAUCAUGUGAUGCUUUAUCUACCGAAGUUCUGUUAGCUCAAAUCAAAGAAGAGGUGAAGAGUAGUGGUGGUGGAACUGCCCAUUUUUCGAUGUGGACUGGAUGGGAAUAGUAGGCAGAGUGUGUGGAUUUUAGGCUCUAGGUAUACUGGAAACACACAGCUAGCCAAGGUUGUUAAUAGUACACACUAUUUAUUUUUAAUGAAAUAAUACAACACCAAUUCAUAAUAAAAACAAUGCCAACAAAAAAGUAAACGAGACAUUUGGUUCUAACGCAAAACUCAAAUGACUCGUUUUCCACCCAAAAAUUCCAGCUAUGUCAUUGCCUCUUUUCAUAAAUCAACUUCCACCAUGUCCUUUAUAUUAUUUCUUUCCUCUGUCAUUGCUUAAUCUCCCCUAAAUUUAUUUCUUUCUUUCCCCCAAAUUUCACAAGCAACGAAGAUAGUCAUCCAUUUCUCGUAUCCUCAAAUUUCACAAGCAAUUGACCCAACCUGGAUGGCCUCUCUCUCGCUGGUCAUCUACUUAGCAUCACAUCUUUUUCAUUCACAAACACCACCCUAUUAGGAGUUGUGCCACAACUCUUUAUAAUUAGGCUGAAUUAGAGUUUGCUUGAAUUUUUCCCCUUGUCGUGUCGUCAUUCAAUUAGGUUAAUAGAUUGAAAGAGAAGGUGAAGAAAAAAUCUCAAAAGUUCAAUUGUGAUUUUCCAAAACCCCAAGGAGAAUGAAACUUUCGCAUUUACUAACCUACUUAGUUAUAUGGAGCCAUUUGAGGUUAAGGUAGGUCAUUUGCACCACCAUGGCACAAAAUUAUAGUAGUGACUUUUUUUUAAUGUAAUAGUGAAUUGAUUAAAAGAUCUUCGAUAAUUAGGAUUUUUUUUGAAAAACAUUGUUUUAUGAUCUUUAUUUAACUUUUAAUUCAUACAUUAUGUAACUGAGCUUUAUAUAUAUACAAAAACUUUGAAAUUCAGAGGUGUUUGUUGCUAUCGAUUGGCAUUACAAGUUUUAGAGGCACACUAAGAAUGGCAAGUUCUCAUUAAGCUAUGCAUAUCACGCCAUCCAUGAGCAAGUUAGGCAAUCCCCUGUUUGUGUUGGAUCAGUUUUUUCUAAAAAAUAUAAUACAUCCUACAUAUUCCGAUCUCAAACAAACUAGGCAAAAUACAGUUGUAUAUUCACAACUAUCAGGUUUGUGACAAAUAUAUCCACAACUAUCGAAAUACAUAAAAUAUCCAUUUCCGUCCACUGCGUUAACUCCGUCAGUUAACUUGAUGACUGGACAAACAGUGGAUGCUUAGUUGGCGUGUUUCUGACCCCACUAAAUGACGUGGAUUAAAAGAGAAAAAAAAAUAGGCAAAAUAUAGUUGUAUAUCCACAACUAUCAUGUUUGUGACAAAUAUAUCCACAAUUAUCGAAAUAUACGAAAUAUCCAAAAAUUGGAAGGUUGUGUGACAAAUCUAUCCAUUUUCGUCUGAAACUAUAACGGUGUGUCAGACGACGUUAAAUUGACUAAUAGAAUGCUGAAUCGAUGCCACAUAAGCCAAAAAGCAACCAAACUUUACACCAUUAUCUGUUAGACCUCGCUGAUGCAGUAUUCUCUGUUGGCGAUUUGGUUAGAUUCAAGCUUGGUAUGACCAUGGCGCCGACUGCAUGGAAGCCGUCAGAGUAAAAGGGAGGCAAUGGUUGGGGAUUGUGGUUGGAAUUGAAAUCUGGGCUUGGGGUAGGGUUAUUUGGGGGUGAAGGCGUUGAUCGGAGGAGGAUCAAUGGUUAUCGGGCGUAUUUCUGGGUUGGAGUUUUAGUCUCGUCGUCUAUGAUUUUUAGGGUUUUUAAAUUCUUUUUUCUCUUUCAAUCCACGUCAUUCAGUGGGGUCAGAAACACGCCAACUAAGCAUCCACCGUCUGUCCAGUCAUCAGGUUAACUGACAGAGUUAACAGAGUGGAUGGAAAUGGAUAUUUCGUGUAUUUCGAUUAGGGGUGGGCAACCGGUUCGGUAAACACGAACCGAACCGAACCGAAACACAACCUUGUCGAUUUUUAUGGCCGUCUGACACGCCGUUAUAGUUUCAGACGGAAGUGGAUAGAUUUGUCACACAACCUUCCGAUUUUUAGAUAUUUCGUGUAUUUCGAUAGUUGUGGAUAUAUUUGUCACAAAUCUGAUAGUUGUGGAUAUACAGCUGUAUUUUGCCAACAAACUAUUAGGGUUUUAAAUUAUUUGGAUGGGUUUGAAUUGAUAUUUACAAAAUCACUGUAUAUGAGUUAAGUGAUUAAAAUGAUUAACUAAUUAGGGGUUGUUUGGAAGUUGCGAUUGUUUUGUUGAGAUUGUCAUUAUGCAUGUAUUGUUUACAAUGCAUCGUUUUUUGUUUUUUUAGCAGAAACAAUACAUGGAUUGUUUCUGUGAUGUGACAGAAACUAUCACUCAUGUUGAGAUAGUUGAGUUGAGAUUGUUUUGUCUCAGCUUUUAGUUGAUGCGACAUACACAAUCACACAUACCAAACGUUGUAUUCUACAAUGCAUCAAAUUCGACAAUACAUGUAUAAUAUUAUACAUGCAUUCUCAACAAUACAUUUAUUUAACAAUCGCAACUUCCAAACAAACCCUAAAAAUAAAAUACAACAAAAAUGUAUGGCUGUCGAGGUUAAUUUUCCGGGCAAGCAAGCUGCAAGCGGGGUAAAUGGGUAAUUCUGGGUGAACUCCGUUCACGGAAAGCUAGAAACCCUAACUCUGGGGGGCGCCCGCCGAGUGUAAAGCCAGGACUCGCCAUAAAAAUGAAGAGAGCCAAUGCCA